AUGGAGACUCCAAUCCGUCUCACUGUCCUCAUUUCCGGCAAUGGGUCGAAUUUACAGGCGGUAAUCGAUAAGGUCAGUGAAGGUCAAAUUCAUGCCAAGAUCGUACGAGUCAUUUCCAAUCGCAAGGAUGCAUACGGACUCGAACGGGCAAAGCGAGCAGGCAUUCCGACUCAGUACCACAACCUUGUGAAAUACAAGAAGCAGCAUCCUGCGACGCCGGAGGGUGUACUGGCAGCACGGGAGGAGUACGAUGCCGAACUGGCUCGGCUGGUGCUUGCUGACUCGCCAGACCUGGUCGCUUGUUUGGGGUUCAUGCAUGUGCUAUCGCCGAAAUUCCUAGAGCCACUAGAGGCUAAGCAGUUGAAGAUAAUUAACCUUCAUCCUGCUUUGCCUGGGGCUUUUAAUGGGGCUAAUGCGAUUGAACGUGCUCAUGCCGCCUGGCUAGAGGGCAAGAUCGAUAAAACGGGCGUCAUGAUUCAUAAUGUGAUAUCGGAGGUUGACAUGGGCAAGCCGAUUCUCGUCCGUGAGAUUCCCUUUGUGAAGGGCGUUGACGAGGAUUUACACGCCUUUGAGCAGAAGGUUCAUGAGAUUGAGUGGGGUGUGGUAAUUGAAGGAGUCCAGCUCGCUAUCAACGAAAUCAGGGCCCGGCAAUGA